GAUAACCUCAUUUCACAGCCACCCAACGGAAGAUAACCUGAAACGAUCUCAGCCUUCACGGUACUCAAACACAUCGUGAUCUUGCUCCUUGCACCAUGGCCGGCGGAGACGACCUGAAGCUGCUCGGCACAUGGGCAAGCCCGUUCGCCAUCAGGGUGAAGCUCGCGCUCGCCCUCAAAGGCCUGAGCUACGAGUACACCGAGGAGGAUCUCGCCAGCAAGAGCGAGCUUCUUCUUAGCUCCAACCCGGUGCACAAGAAGAUACCGGUGCUCAUCCACAACGGCGUGCCGGUCUGCGAGUCCAACGUCAUCGUGGAGUACGUCGACGAGGCGUUCGCCGGCCCGUCCAUCCUCUCCGCCGAUCCGUACAAACGAGCCAUAGCUCGCUUCUGGGCCGCGUACGUCGACGACAAGCUUUUGGCGUCGUGGGCCACGAUCUUGUUCAGGGGGAAGACGGAGGAGGAGAAAUCCGAGGGGAAGAAGGCGCUGCUGGCGGCAUUGGACACACUGGAGGGGGCCCUGGCGAAGUGCUCCGAUGGGAAGGGGUUCUUCGGCGGGGACAGCGUCGGGCUCGUCGACAUGGUGCUGGGGAGCCAGCUCUCGUGGCUGAAGGCGACGGAGGUGAUCACCGGAGAGGAAUUCUUUUGCGGCGACAAGACCCCACUCCUUGCCGCGUGGAUGGCGCGCUUUAGCGAGCUCGACGCUGCGAAGGCGGCCUUGCCGGACGUGGAUAAGGUGGUUGAGUUUGCCAAGAUGAGGCAGGCGCGGAUGGCUGCCACUGCAGCUGCUGCGUCAAACAACUAAUCAAGCCGGCUCGGCUAGGACACGUCAUAUGUGACAAAAGAAAGCCCCAUUGUUGCUGAAUAAAGUAGUAGUCACAAUAUGUGUCAGGUUGAUUUCAUAAUCUGCAUUUUUUUUCGAUAAAGGAUGCUUUAUUACUUUAAUAA